CACGGAGGAGGCGGCGGAAGCGGCGGCGGAGGAGCCGGGAGGGAGCGCGGAGCUGGUUCAGAGCGGCGGCCGGCGGUGGCGGCGGCGGCGGCGGGCAGGGCGGCGGCGCCGGGGGCGGCUUCCCACGCCGUAGCUAAGAAGCCAAGCUCUAGUCGCAGUGAAAGUCUGUCACACUCCAAGGAAAUAAAUGAAAUGUACUGUAAUUCAAGCUUUGUUUGGGCUGUUCCAAUUGGUCUAGAAAAAAUGUUAAAUCAUAUUUCUAAAAAUUGUAUAACAUCAAAACAAAUCAAUGAAAAUGUUUACUGUGAACUAAUUGACAAUGAGGGAUAUUUAGGA